AUGAAAUUGAGCAACACACAACCGGGGCAUCUCGCAUUGCGGGCUUCUGAGAGGCAGUUCUUCGACUGGCCGGUCAGACUGUCCAUCCUCCGACCUGCGGCACAUCGCCUCGAGUUGAUCGAGGCCUGGCAACCGUCUCUGACCUCAUUUGCCUCCAGGCUGGACUCCUUAUUGGUCAGAUCGUCGUUUCCCAGUCUCCUUUCGGCCGCCUUUCGUGAGGGGCCCAGCAGCGCCGGACCGCCGGCUCUGGCGCGACAAGCCAGGCCCGGCUACUGCAGCCCUGACGCUGAGGCUGUCGCCUGCCUGUUGCCACGGCCGGAGGAGACGGUCAGACGGCCUGGGCACUCGAACGGCGAGGCGACGGCGACGGCAACGGCGACGGUUACGACAAAAACCGGUAACGAGGCCGAGGCCGAGGCAGAGGCAGAGGCAGAAGAGGCGGGACGACAUCACGUCUUUCUGGGUUCUGCUGGCGCCGAGAAGACCGAGUGGCGUCCCGAGCCGACCGAGUCGAGCGGUUGGAGCCGCCCUCUUCACGCGGUCUAUGGCCAAUUGCCGCGUCGCCUAGGCAACGUGUACAGUCCGCCGGUAACAUCAAGCCAGACGCGUCGGCAACAGGCCAUGGUCGCCGUGGCGACGGCUGGUCAGGCUCGGAGCGGCCCAGAUGGCGGAAUGUUGAAGUCGCAGACGAGUGGUCUAGACACGGCGGCCGACAGUCUGGGCGGUCUGCUGGCGGCGUCGAGGCGAGCUGAGCCGAGCCUUCUGAUUGGUGCCUCAGCAGAACGGGAGACGGCGAGCCUGACGGGCCAAUCAGCGGUCGCCGGCACGGCGACGGCGACGGCGACGGUGACGUCGACGGCGGAGGAUGAGGAGGAGGGCUUCGAGGCGGCCAGU